UUUGGGCGGAACUUUCCAGCGGCCUCGCCCAAGGACAAUCGAUUUACCAACCACUGUCGGGAAAGAAAGGAAGUGGGGCGGAGGAGCGGAAACGUACAAGGGGUCCCGAGCGCGGGGUCGUCUGGGAGUUGUAGUUCGCGGUCCCGUGGCGCUCGCACCCGGCGGAUGUAGCCCGAGAAGGCGGGCGGAAGCCGGACGCCUAGGUGCGGGAUUCCCUGUCGAGGCCGUGGGUCCGAAGCCCCGCGGGCUUAGGGGUGGUGGCCGGGACGCGGCAGGUGGCGCUGGCGGCUUUCGGGGGCCCCAGUUCCCUUAGGGUGGACGCCAGGUGGGCGUCACCUCUGGCUUUUCCAGCAUGCUUGGGCACCCGGCGGGCGGCAGCGGGCGCGGGGCCUAGGGAUGAUCUUCCCUGUCGCCCGCUGCGCUCUCCGCUGGCUGCAACGGCCGAGAGCCAGGACCUUGUCCCGCGCUGCCAUGGAGGUGGCCUUGCGAGGCGUGCGGAAAAUUCUCUGUGUGGCCGAGAAAAACGACGCGGCCAAGGGGAUCGCCGACCUGCUGUCCAACGGUCGCAUGAGGCGGAGGGAAGGAUUGUCUAAAUUCAACAAGAUCUAUGAAUUUGAUUAUCAUCUGUACGGCCAGAAUGUUACCAUGAUAAUGACUUCAGUUUCUGGACAUUUGCUGGCUCAUGAUUUCCAGAUGCAGUUCCGCAAAUGGCACAGCUGCAAUCCCCUUGUCCUCUUUGAAGCAGAAAUUGAAAAGUACUGCCCAGAGAAUUUUGUAGACAUCAAGAAAACUCUGGAACGAGAGACCCGGCAGUGCCAGGCCCUGGUGAUCUGGACCGACUGCGAUAGAGAAGGGGAAAAUAUCGGGUUCGAGAUUAUCCACGUGUGCAGGGCUGUGAAGCCCAGUCUGCCAGUGCUGAGAGCCCGUUUCUCUGAGAUCACCCCCCGAGCCGUCCAGACGGCCUGUGAGAACCUGACCGAGCCUGAUCCGAGAGUGAGCGAUGCUGUGGACGUGAGGCAGGAGCUGGACCUGAGGAUCGGAGCUGCCUUCACUAGGUUCCAGACCCUGAGGCUGCAGAGGAUUUUUCCCGAGGUGUUAGCGGAGCAGCUGAUCAGUUACGGCAGCUGCCAGUUCCCAACCCUGGGGUUCGUGGUAGAGAGGUUCAAAGCCAUUCAGGCUUUUGUGCCAGAAAUCUUCCACAAAAUUAAAGUAACUCAUGACCACAAAGAUGGUGUCGUAGAAUUCAACUGGAAAAGGCAUCGCCUCUUUAACCACACAGCUUGUCUUGUCCUCUAUCAGCUGUGCAUGGAGGAUCCCAGGGCAACCGUGGUAGAGGUCAAGUCUAAGGCAAAGAGCAAGUGGAGGCCUCAAGCAUUGGACACUGUGGAGCUUGAGAAGCUGGCUUCUCGAAAGUUGAGAAUAAAUGCUAAAGAAACCAUGAGGAUUGCCGAAAAGCUCUACACUCAAGGGUACAUCAGCUAUCCUCGAACUGAGACAAACAUCUUCCCCAAAGACUUAAACCUGACGGUGCUCGUAGAGCAGCAGACCCCGGAUCCACGUUGGGGGGCCUUUGCCCAGAGCAUUCUAGAACGGGGCGGCCCUACUCCACGCAAUGGGAACAAGUCUGACCAAGCUCACCCUCCCAUCCACCCCACCAAAUACACUAGCAGCUUGCAGGGAGAUGAGCAGCGACUGUAUGAGUUCAUCGUUCGUCAUUUCCUGGCUUGCUGCUCCCAGGAUGCUCAGGGGCAGGAGACCACUGUGGAGAUCGACAUCGCUCAGGAACGCUUCGUGGCCCACGGCCUCAUGAUUCUGGCCCGAAACUACCUGGAUGUGUACCCAUAUGACCGCUGGAGUGACAAGACCCUCCCCGUCUACGAGAGAGGCUCCCGCUUUCAGCCCAGCACUGUGGAGAUGGUGGACGGAGAGACCAGUCCCCCCCAGCUGCUCACCGAAGCCGACCUCAUCGCCCUCAUGGAAAAGCACGGCAUUGGUACUGAUGCCACUCAUGCGGAGCACAUCGAGACCAUCAAAGCCCGGAUGUACGUCGGGCUCACCCCGGACAAGCGGUUUCUGCCCGGGCAUCUAGGCAUGGGGCUUGUGGAAGGCUAUGACUCCAUGGGCUAUGAGAUGUCCAAGCCCAACCUCCGGGCUGAGCUGGAAGCCGAUCUGAAGCUGAUCUGUGAGGGGAAGAAGGACAAGUUGGUGGUUCUGAGGCAGCAAGUCCAGAAAUACAAACAGGUUUUCACUGAAGCAGUGGCCAAAGCAAAGAAAUUGGACGAGGCCUUAUCCCAGUACUUUGGGGAAGGGGCAGAGGUGGCCCAGCAAGAAGCCAUCUACCCAGCCGUGCCAGAGCCCAUCAAGAAGUGCCCGCAGUGCAACAAGGACAUGGUCCUCAAGACCAAGAAGAGUGGCGGGUUCUACCUCAGCUGCACCGGUUUCCCAGAAUGCCGAUCGGCCAUGUGGUUCCCUGACUCUGUGCUGGAGGCCAGCAGGGAUGGGACUGUGUGUCCGGUUUGUCAGCCGCACCCUGUUUACAGGUUGAAGUUCAAGUUUAAACGCGGCAGCCUUCCCCCGACCAUGCCUCUGGAGUUUGUGGGCUGCGUCGGAGGAUGUGAUGAGACCCUGAUGGAGCUCCUGGACCUAAGAUUCUCACGGGGCGCCCCCAGAGCCAGCCAGCCAGCCAGCCAGCCCUCUAACCACCUGCAGGCUAGCCAGUCCCUGAACAGAAUCGACAGCGCCCCCCGGGCCCUGCCACCACCCGCUGCCACUGGUGAAAGUGACUCUGUGACCUGCAACUGUGGCCAGGAGGCCGUGCUGCUCACCGUCCGGAAAGAGGGUCCCAACCAGGGCCGGCAAUUUUAUAAGUGCAACAGUGGCGGCUGCAACUUCUUCCUGUGGGCCGACAGCAGCCCCCCGGAUGCAGGGGGGCCCCCCCCCCUCGCACCAAGACCCUCAGGUGGCUCAGCAGGACGCCCGCCUGGCCCGGGGCAUCGCCGGGGUGGGUUUGGCAGACCUGGCGAUGACAGCGGAGGGGGCACGUCGUGCCUGUGCAGCCAGCCCACCGUCACCCGGACGGUGCAGAAGGACGGGCCCAACAAGGGGCGCCAGUUCCACACAUGCGCCAAGCCAAGAGAGCAGCAGUGCGGCUUCUUCCAGUGGGCGGAUGAGAAUGUGGCCCCAGGGAGUCUCGGAGUCCAGACCUGGCCAAGAGGCAGGGGCUUCCAGGGGCCAGAGGCCAGAAGCAAAAGAGCCCGGGCCACUUCCUCAGACACGGGCUCCACGGCCAAGAAGCCCCGGAAAUGCAGCGUUUGCCACCAGCCUGGACACACCCGUCCCUUCUGUCCUCAGAACACAUGAGGCAGGGGAGGGGAGAGAGGGCCACGUCCUCACACCUGCCCCUUCCGUCUCAGGAAUAAGCUGUUUUCACCGGGACCAGGCUGCCCUUCGCUGCCCUGGAGGCUUUGCGGAAAGUGGCGGCUUUUGGAGUCUCGCCGCCUGUCGUGCUCGGGAGUCCGGAUCCGGACCGCUGUCUCAAGAAGUCCCGUCUCUGGUGGACAGUGGCUCCCCGCCUGGGCUUCUUGCUGCUGGCGCCGCAACGCAUUUACCAGCAGGGUAGGUGCGUCCCACGCUGUGGCUCCAGGCAGCCUGGAAGGGGCUUCGCCCACAGACAUUCUGAGAAGGGGAUGGGAGCGGCUCUUGUUCUAGAAUUGUGUCCGUGGGAGCGGCUCCCACAGCUCGUGUGCCUUAAUAAAGAAUUCUGUCCCUCUCU